AAAAUUACAGGGCGAAAAAUCAAAGAAAGCUAUUGUUAAAAUUAAUGAGUAGGGUGUCUUCUUCUGAUCCUAAUAGUCUCAAUCGAUUUACUAAUAUUGCGGCACAAGUUGAGGAAAAGAUCUUCCGCUACGCAACAACCAAGGAUAUUUAUCUAAAAGGAAUAUGCAAGAAGAUGGCAUUGAUGGAUAACUCAAGCAGCAGCAUUGUUGCUUCCUCAUCCAGCCAAGGUACAGAGCUUUCUGAGGCAGAUGCAACUGGGGACAGCUCAAGGUUGCGGAAUGUGCCUGGAUUUGCUCAUAACAUAAUGGGAAAUUCAGUAAAUCAGCUGCAACCAAUUAUUGCCACUACCAAGAGUGAGAUGUCUGCAAGCCAGCCUUUGCAACUGGUGGUUUCCCAGCCAGACCAACCUCAGCAGUUGCAAAAUCACCAGUUGCAAAGGCUGUACAAUAAUCGCCUUCCACAGAAGCAGCAGACUGGAUCACAAAAUAUUCAGCAACAACACAUGCAGCAGAAAAUUUCAUCACAACAGUUGCAUCAACAGGUGCCAGAGCAGCAGUCAAGUGCUACACUGUUUAAUUGGAAUCAGCAAUUUAUGCAGCAAAUAAAUACUUCAGAGCAGCAGCAAAAUUCCUUGAGUCAAGGGUACAAAUCAAAUACAUUCCAGCAGCCAUUUGGCUUGCCAAGUAAUGUUUCUGGAGUGUUGCAACUGCAAAAGGUGGUUGCACCUCAGUCAAAUGUCUUGAAACUACAGUCACAUCAGCCUCUGACACCCAUGCUUCGACCUGUGGAGGUCACUGCCGCACAACAUGAGGUCCCACAAACCUUACAGUCAACUCAGUUUCAUCAGCUACAAGGUUCUCCAAUGAAACUUAAUCUAUCAGAGGAAACUAUGCAGCAAAUGCUUCAGACAUCAGCUGUCUUGCUUCAGUCUCAGAAUGUAAUUGAUCAGCAGAAGCAAAUUCAAUCACAGAGAGUGCUCCAUGAAGAGUCAACAGCAUCAUUAGGUUCCUUUGCUCCAAACGAACUCACAAAUGUGGCUAAUUGGUAUGACUGGGCAUAUCAAAAGCUACAAUCUGUGAGGGAGAAUUGCUUAGAAGAUUUGGAAAGAUUACAGAAGACAGCAGUUGACAUGUUUCAGCAGGUACAAAAUCCUGAAAAUUUCAAGAAAUCAAUUAUUUCAAUUGGGAAAAUGAUAAACUUUUUUAAAACUUCCCAGAAGUGACAUUGAACGGUUCUCUAAGCAGAAAUUUCAGGGUUAUUUACAGGCAAUUGUUUUAUUUGUAUAUCAUAGUAACAUGAAGAAUAAAAAUUCUGUGCC